CUCUUUACAGUACGCCUACAUGGGGAAGAAAAGUAUGGGGAACAGUAGGCGGCCGGGACGAGCCAAUCGUCUUCUCCUGAUCUUCUUAGCAGCCCUGCAAUCUCAUGAAUCGGGAUCGACUACACAUGCCUCUCCGAAUCUUCGCGCUAGUACAACAUGGCCACGAAGUAAGAAAUCUUUACGCUCCUCCCUGUUCAAGAUAGUAGAUUCCAUGUAAUAACACAGUUAAUAUACACUUCGCGAAAUGGGCUUAACGCAAAGUUCUGGUCAGCCAGAGGGAGGCAAUGAUGGAUAUCAUGUUCACGGGAUUCAGCAGAAUUCGCCAGCAGAGAAAGCUGGCUUGGAGCCUUUCUUCGAUUUCAUUCUUUCUAUUGGCAACACCCGGCUGAACCAAGAGAACGAGAUGCUGAAGGACCUGCUGAAGGCCAACGUGGAGAAGCCGGUGAGGAUGGAGGUGUACAGCACCAAGUCCUUGAAGGUGCGGGAGCUGGAGGUGGUGCCUAGCAACAUGUGGGGAGGCCAGGGCCUACUGGGGGCCAGUGUCCGCUUCUGCAGCUUCCAGGGAGCCAGUGAAAACGUCUGGCACGUGCUGGAUGUGGAGGCGAACUCCCCUGCAGCGUUAGCUGGUUUCCAGCCUCAUUCUGACUUCAUCGUGGGAGCUGACCAAGUCCUGCAAGAUUCCGAGGACUUCUUCUCAUUGAUUGAAGCUCACGAGGGGAAGCCGUUGAAGCUGCUUGUAUACAACACAGAGGGUGACGUCUGCAGGGAGGUGGUGGUCACACCCAACGGAGCCUGGGGUGGGGAGGGCAGUCUAGGGUGUGGCAUUGGCUAUGGCUACUUGCAUCGCAUCCCUGCACGCCCAAGCAGCCCUGAAGCUCCACCAAGCCCCCAAUCAGCAGAAGAAACACCAUCACCUGACGCUCCCACAAACGGAUACACAGAGGCCCCUCUCAUGGCUGCCUCUGGGGUGUCGGACAAGUCAGAGAACCAGAGUCUCACAGGGGAAGAGACCCCACUUCCCCCACCUAUUCAGAGGGUCAUGGAUCCUGGAUUCUCAGAUCAGUCCGAGAUUGCCUUGAACUCGGAAAUAUCAGAUGUGGCAGAUAGAUUGGACCUGUCUGUAUCCUCCAUUGAUAUGACCAACACGUCACUGGCCGUGCGUGAGGAGAAGGACAGUGACAUAUCUGGAAUAGAAGAGUUGCGAGAUUGUGACAUUCCCGCCUCUGCCGCUGAAAGCCUAAUGGAGGUGCAACCCCCGGAGCUGAGGUCAGACCCAGUCCCCGAUGUCAUCUCCCUCUCAGCUGUUGAGCCCGAACCUGAGCCAGAAACCGAACCUGAGCCUGAGCCUGAACCUGAGCCUGAACCUGAGCCUGAACCCCAGCCCAUUACAGAGCCAGAACCCACGGCUGUUCCAGAACCCACGGCUGUUCUAGAACCCAUGGCUGUUCCAGAACCCACGGCUGUACCAGAACCCAUGGCUGUUCCAGAACCCACGACUGUUCCAGAUCCCACGGCUGUACCAGAACCCAUGACUGUUCUAGAACCCAUGGCUGUUCCAGAACCCACGGCUGUUCCAGAACCCAUGGCUGUUCCAGAACCCAUGGCUGUACCAGAACCCAUGGCUGAACCAGAGCCUGAAGCGCAGCCUGACCCCCAGACCCAGCCUGCAGCCCAGCCUGAACCUGAGCCUCCCUCAGAGGAGACCGCAGCUCCUGCCAGCUCCUCUCCCCCAGCACCUCUCGCCAGCCCACCCCUUCCCACCCUCUCCAGCUUCUCCCCGCUGCCUCUGGACCCCCCGAUCCCCGUUGACGCCCUCGCCGCCCUGCUUAGCAAUCCCUCCUUCUCCCCCUCUCUCCUGGACCCCAACAUAAACAUAGACAUCUCCUCCCUGCUCAUCGACCCGGCCGCUCUGCCUCCUGGCGCCAUCAGCCCACCGGCGCAGACUCCCUCGUUGCUAGCGGAGAUCUCGGCGGUCAGCGAGCCUGCAGUGGGCGACGCUCAGGUGGAAGGCGCUGGCGAGCGGGAGACGAUAGCUGACCCUGUGUCCCUGGACUCCCAGGCCAGUGGAGAGACCAAAGAGACUGCCUCUGCUGACCAGUAGAGUCAACCUGUCACCUUGUCACCUUGUCGCUGCCAAACCGACCUCCCUUGUUUACACACAAACACAGACAUACACACACACACAUGCAUUACAAUCAACACAUAACCUGUUUUAAGGGCUGAAAAGGAAUGACCGGGGUUUAUGAUGUUACAGAGUGACGGACACAGCGAGAACAAAAAGGAUGUGAGUUAGAUGCAAGUUAGAUGUUAGGAUGUGAGGAAGACGUUGUGUGGUGAGGGUGUAGGGAAUGUUAUCAGUGAGCAGGUCAAAUGCUACUUAUCAUUAUAUGUUUACCAGUACGCUGACAUAUAGUAGCUUGUCUGGACGUAUUCAUAUAAUGAGACAGUGCAGGUCAUGGAUUCUUUCACUUUUUAAUAUACAAAUGGGAAAAUGGCUUUUAUUAUGCUUGUUCUGAAAGUGAUGCUUUUUUAAAAACAGAUAUAUUUUGGUUAAUUAUGUUAUGGUUAUUUUAAAGAAAAUGAAAUCCUACAGUUAACAGCUACCACACUACGAUUAACUUUUGUGUUUAUGUCCUUGCUUUUGACAUUUGUCACGUUUUUUUAUAAUUGGUGGAAAGGGGAUUCAUGCAUUAUGUUUGUUUAACAGCAAUAAUUUACACAUUUUGAGUCACUACUUUUGUCGGAACAGAGAUGAGCAUGCUGAGAUGUUGAAACUCUGAAAGACAGUCAUUUUCACUAGUUUUAAUUAUAAUGUCCUUGGAUGUGUAUCGAUGGUGAUUUGAAGUGGCUUCAUCCUGAUCCAUGUGAAGAAGAUUUCAGCUAUCACUACAGUUUGUGCGAAUGGUUUCUCUCAGAAGGGGCUCUCCUUCAGACAGAUCAGACUUACAUAAUCAACAUAGGCUCAAUGGCAGUUGGGUCACUGGUCACUGUAAUCACUCUCCAAUGAUGUUCCGGUAGUCGUGUUUUAUCUUGAAUGUGUUUGGUUAGUUGCGUGUGUUAAUUGAUGAAUGUGGUGUCAUUGCUUUGCAUCUACCUUCAUAACGUUAAUUGCAUUGAUUAAUAGAAUUUCACAUUUCACUUGCUAUAAUUAGACGUUAAAUGUAUUUGUUUUUUAUAAUUGUGUCCAGGAAGAAGGGCAAUGUGUUUUUAUGUGAAGGCAACUUAAAAUAAUAAUGCUUUUGGGUCGUGCACUUUAAAAGGAUAUUGUCAUGUUCAGGAGUCUGGAUGCACAUGACUAGGGUGGGGCAAAAUUAUGCAAAUGUAUAAUUACCUUUACUUAAGAGUACCCAGAUAGCCAUUAAGCUAGGUUGAAACAGUCUUUGAUACAUCAUUCAGUUUUUGUCUUUAUUCUGUUGUAAAGAAGGCCUACAUAGAAAUACAUAUUUUAGGAAGACUAGAUCUGACUGUUGAUGACAAUGUGUGCUAUGUCCAGUUGUAGGCCUACGAUUCUUUCUGACUGAUCUUUGACACAUGAAACACAGUACCUCUAAGUGUCAUACAUUUUGAGAAACACAUGUAAUGGAAACACUGGAAAUAAAAUGAUCUGAAA